CCCCGCGGCGGGCAGCGCGCCUGCUCCUGCCCGCGGCACCUGCUCGGGAGGGAGACGUCGCAGCGCGUGUGGCACCUUCGCGGGCUGCCGGCUCGAACCCCGCCGUUUCGGAGGCGAUGGCAGAUGGCAGACCUGAGACAAGAGAGAUCAAGUAACUGACUUACAUUCCUCCAGCUGGUGUCAUGGAUUAAUUGGCUCUCAUUCAGCAGGAACCUAACCGAUGAAUCCUUCUGCCGUGUAUCAAGACAAUGCUUGUGAAAAUGACUAAAGCUGUGUCUCAGUGUGACAUUUUUAGAGGAGGACAAGCAGCUUGAGAACUUCCUGUAAUUCAUACUGCAGCUUGAAGGAAGCCCCUUUCCAUUAAGUAAGACUGCAUGGCCAGCAGCCCCCACUGAAGAGCUGACAAUGAGCAUCCCCGUGGCUCCCAAGAAAUCAUGUUUCAAUCAAUUGCAGGACAACAGAAAUGGAGCAAGAAAUAAUAACGAGAGUAUUCUAAGUCUGGGAGAUACAAAUGCCAAUCAGAUCAUGUUGGCGGUCAGCUCCCCUCAGGAUGAGUCCAAGAUAUGUGACCUGACUGAUCAGAUUGGAAACGCAAAUUCAAGUGGGCAGGAACACCAUCUUCACUUCCAGAAGGAGGCUCAUCAACCUCAGGGCUUUAGGAGGGGGUCUCAGGCUGGCUCCACAAGUUUGAAAGACUUUAAACUUUCUCCUGCUUUCCCCAGAGGAUUACAUGAAGACUCUGCGGUGGAGAGAGGCACGGAGAUCUCACGGACUCCUCAGAGUUUGCAGGGGCCAAGCCUGUCAAGUUGGAGGAACGCGAUGAGCGAGGCCAGUUCAGAGGUUUUGGCUAAGAAAGAUGUUGAAGUUCCCUGGCGUGUUCCAAAGGACAAACUGGCCAAGACCCUUGACAAUGAAGAGUUGCGAAGGCAUUCUUUGGAAGGAGCAAGCCGCUCUGCAGCUGUGGCUGAGAGCUUGACUCCACAGCACCUUGCAAGGCCCGGUGCCCCUGAGCCACGGGAUCAUGUGCCCAGGUGUGGGGAGGAGCCGCAGAGGACACUGGCUGACCACUCUCCAGAGACAGCUUUUCUUCCAGCUUACAAUACCUCAGAGGGAAAGAGUGUGCGUCCUCCUAAGCCAUCUACCUCAGAAGCCAGGGACGCCAUCCCCUCCGAGGCCCAGAUGGAGGGGGCACAUGAACCUAAUGUUUGCAAUGAGCACAAGUCACGUUCUGCCCAUCCUGAGCCCGCUCUGAAUUCAGCUUUGCUGUCAAAGGAAAUCCUGAGUUAUCCUGAAGCACAAUUAGGUCAGGGAAAGGGAGAGCCGAAGCUGGAACUGAAAUGCGUUCAACUCAGGGCUGGGGAGGAGUUCACUUCAACCCAGGCAGGAGACCUGGGACGUCCCCAGGAAGAGAGGAUGUCACCCCUAGAGAGAAAGGAGACAUGUGGGGAAGCACACAAAGAAGCCACCAGUGCCAUUAGCGGUCCAUCAGACAGCGUCUGUCGUCAUCUUGGGGUGGGCAGAGGCGGCAGUGAGGAGACAGGAGUCAAGACAGGUGUGGAGGAAUCUCUCCAAACCACGCUCAAGCCGGUCCCUGCUUCCUUGGGAGUGGCUGGCAAUCAACUAACUGGCAAAAUGUCACUAAGCACAGGAAGUAAAUUGGGGGAACUGACAUCCGACGACUUUUCUCCCAGUGGUGGCCAUGUAGCCAUUGUUCCUAACGGCCUGCCUGACGGCAAGCCCUCAGAUGUCAGUGAGGAGAAACGGAGGCUGGAUAUUGGAAACGGGGACAGUGCUGUGGUGUUGGUAUCAGACCCUUCUGUGGGAGAGAGCAAAACUGAGGUUCCUGAGUCCCUGUAUCUUCAAAGCAGAAGCUCCGAAGUGGGGGAAAACAAAGAUACGGCAACACUUGUGGCUGAACCUACGAACCUUCUAGAAAAUGAAUCCAAGACUGAUAUUACUCCAUCUAGAGAAGAUUCAUUUCUCAGUACCCCAGCUACCCUUCACCCAGAGACAACUGUGAACAUGACCCACCAGCCCACGCCACCCAGUAACGUUUUCCAGGACCCUGGUGUGUUCGGUGUGGGUCCAGGGUCACCCUCAGUGGUCCCGCCCUCCGCUGACAGUGUGCAGCUGUUGAACACAUCCCCGAAAGUGCCUGACAAGAACACCUGCCCCAGUGGGAUCCCCAAGCCUGUCGUCACACAUUCCAAGGGCACAGCUUCCUUGCAGGAAGGAGUGGAGAAGCAGGUUGAAAAAAUGGAAGACAGAACAGACACGAAGCCCAUUGUUAUGCCCAAGCCCAAGCACGUGAGGCCUAAGAUCAUCACCUACAUCCGGAGGAACCCACAGGCCCUGGGCCCCGUGGACACUUCGCUGGUUUCUGUGGGGCUUCCCUAUGCCCCGCCCCCAUGUAGCAUGGCCCCACCCCAGGAAGACAGGGUGGCAAGUAGUGACCUGAAGUCGACUGCCAGCCUGUAUGAGAAAUUCAAGCCUGACUUGCAGAAGCCCAGGGUCUUCAGUUCUGGGUUGAUGGUGUCUGGGAUCAAGCCUCCAGGACAUCCUUUCAGUCAAAUGAGUGAGAAGUUUUUACAGGAGGUGGCGGACCACUCUGGAAAAGAAGAAUUCUGUUCUCCUCCCUAUACGCAUUAUGAAGUUCCCCCAACUUUCUAUCGAUCAGCCAUGCUCCUUAAGCCCCAGCUGGGACUGGGAGCAGUGUCCCGGCUGCCCUCUGCGAAGAGCAGGAUUCUGAUCGCAAGUCAGCGGUCUUCAGCCAGCGCCAUCCAUCCGCCAGGACCCAUCGCGACAGCUGCCAGUCUCUACGCUUCGGAUCCCUCAGAUUUAAAGAAAGCCUCCAGUUCAAAUGCUGCAAAAUCCAAUCUACCCAAAUCUGGGCUUCGUCCUCCUGGGUACUCACGUCUUCCGGCUGCCAAGAUGGCAGCAUUUGGCUUUGUCCGGAGCUCCAGUGUCUCUUCGGUUUCCAGUACUCAAUCUGUGGACAGUGCCCAGCCUGAGGAGAGCCGGCCAGUCACCC